UCCUCAAAAAAAAAAAAAAAAAAUCAGUUCUGAGUUUCAGAAUUGUGCACACAAAAAAGGUAUUACUAAAAUAAGAAAAUAAAAUAAACAAAUAAUUUAUUUUUUAUAUUUUCUCGCGCGAUGGAGAAUUCGUACGACUCAGCAGCCAAGUGGUCUGAUUCCGACAACAGUCCAUAUAGUUUGGUCUCAUGGUCAUUACAAACUGAUUCUUCCGAUUCAGAUUUUAGCCGCUUUAAUCUCGGCUUCUCUUCUUCCUCCACCUCCUCCGGCAAUUUCCCGCCAGAUGAAUUUGUCGGUGGGAUCGAAAAAGCUGAGUCCCUUUCCAGAAGCCACCGUCUGGCCGAGAAGAGACGCCGUGACCGGAUUAAUUCUCACCUCUCCGCUCUCCGGAAACUUGUCCCUGAUUCCGACAAGUUAGACAAAGCAGCUCUCUUAGCAACAGUGAUAGAACAAGUGAAGGAACUCAAACAGAAAGCAAAAGAAUCUCAAAUCUUCCAAGAUCUUCCAACAGAAGCAGAUGAAGUAACUGUGCAGUCUGAAACCAUCUCCAAUGACUUUGAAUCAGACACCAAUAGAGUCAUCUUCAAAGCUUCUUUUUGCUGCGAAGAUCAACCCGAGGCCAUCUCAGAGAUCGUUAGGGUUCUCACAAAGUUUCAACUCGAAACAAUCCAAGCUGAGAUUAUCUGUCUUGGAGGAAGAACAAGAAUCAAUUUCAUCUUGAAAGAUAGCGACUGCAAAGAGACAACAAAAAUGGCUGCAUCGGCUAAAGCUUUGAAGCAAUCUCUUUGUGCAGCGUUAAACCGAAUCACGUCUUCUUCUUCGUCUACUUCUUCGGUUUGUAGGAUCAGAAGCAAAAGACAAAGAUGGUUCCUCUCUUCUCACUACUCGUGAUGAAAAAUAUUCUAAUAUCAUUUUACCACUUUACCAUAUACACAUAGUAUAGAACACGAUCCCAUUAUUACUAAGAUUUUGUCAGCAAUUUGGAGUAGUGGUUUCUAUCUGUUCAUAAGCAUUACAUGUUGGAUACUUCUUGCUAAACCAAACACGAUCAUAUAUUUCAAGAUUGUGUAAACCUAAAUCUGAAUUAUUCCACAAGAUCCAAGUCAAAUGAUCCAAAUGAUGAAUUGACAUAUUCUCAAUUCACUACGAGGAUAAACGGCUACAAGAUGAUAACAUUGUUGGUGAACAUCUGAUUAAAAAGAUGAAGCUUUAACAUUGAUUGAGGAUCCAUACAAUCCAACAAAAACGAAGCCCAGAAAACUUAAAAGCUGAAACAAAAAUCCGACAACGGUACUUAGGAUUGAAGCGAAAAGCAAAGACAAGGAAG